UUUUUUUCUCGGCCGCCAAGCAGGCUAGAGAAUGUUUAGCUGUGAUUUUCGUUUUCUCUCUCUAUUUUAUGGAUUCAAAAAGAAAGGACUAUUUAGAUUGGAUCAGUUUAUAACUUCUGUAAAAAAAAGGAUGGCAAAAAUUGUGCGCGUGGUCUUUGGGAUCUUCUUGUUUUCGUCAUUUACAGGUUUUAUUGAAAGAGCAGAGGCUCGGCCGAGACGACAUAAAUUCCAACUAUACCAAACGUCACAAAGCCCCAUCCCUCAUAUCAUAUCUGAAAACAAUUCCCACAACACCUCCCCGCAAGGGAAAGUGUCACAUCUUAGGGUCGAGACGGGAAUGUCACGUGGUUUACACUUUAGACCGACUCCCCAGCGGUCGGGAGAGGAGCUUGCAGUCAAGAAAUCCGAUACGAGGUUAUCAUCGUCUUCCGAGCAACGCAUGCGCACUGAGGAAACCAAGAUGGCAGGGUUGCGGAGCACUCUGACACUCAAUAAACGAGCAGAAGCUGAUAUAGAAACUUAUGACCAACAAGCACAUGAUCCAAUUAUACGUCCUGUAAAAAUCGAAGCGGAGCCACCCAUGCGCCGAAGUGCAGAAAGCACAUGGGAGAUCCUGGCCGAGAAGACGCGCCCGCAAGACAUGGAGUCAGAGGAGAAUCUCAUUAGCUCAAAGGAGCACAUAGGCGAAAGUAGCUUAUCACAAAGCCCCUGGUACAAAAGAUCUGUGAAAGAAAAACAAAAAGACAAAACAGGGACGAUAGAUGUCGCAAAACGUGAAAGCUCAGAAGAUUAUAGCAAUUACGAUGAUUUCCAAGAAAGCAAUUCCAAAAAAUCGGACUACGGCGAUGGCGACGAGGACGAGAUGUCUCUGUACACGGGGAGGCAUUCCGAGCCAGCCUCGGAUGACAAGAUGCUUAAAAAUCUCCUAGAUCAGGGCGACGGGACCUUGGCAUUUGGUACGCCACAGGAAGCCAAAGAAGAAGAUCACCUGAUUAAAGAGAUCGAGGACAUGUCCCGUCAGAGCGCCAAACUCCCCAAGGGCCUCCACCUGCCAUAUACGAACGGUCCCCUCGAUACACCAGGCACGAGUUUUUCCAAUAUGGACGUGUCUAUAGGAGGAAUACCCGGGCAAGAUGAUUCUGAGACUAUCACUAAGUAUGCAGGGGAUAAAGGGGAAAACGACCCUUCAUAUUUAAAGCGGGACUCUAUUUUGGGGCACUAUUGGGAGUCUAGGAAUAGGGAUAUUGUCCCAAGACAGGAGAUUGCCAAUCCUGGUGAGAGAUUUCCUGCAAUUGAGCGCUUUCCUUCAAUAGAACCUCCUCAACUCGAACAGUUUAGACGUCUUCCGAUGUUUCCCGCCAUACCGCCAGUCUUCCAGCCCGUGGGCGCCCCCUUCCGAGAACCCCAAACCCUCGACGAGGCCCCACCCUUAGAUGAGCCCCCUCCGAUGUCCGAAUACCUUCCGGUGGACGAGCCCGCGCCGAUAUCAGAGCUUCCGUCCAUUCGGGAGAUCCCGCCAAUACAAGAGCCUACCCACGCAACUCCAAAGCGACUGGACCCUAAGGAGACGUUUGGCAACAAAAAGUCCAAACUUAAGCCGAAAAAUUGAAGAAGAAGAACAACAGAAAACGAGCGUACUCACACCUCUUCCAAAUAACUAGAUCAUAAGAAGACGUCUAGCAAAAAGACUUCCAAACGCUGUUAUAUAUGAUGUUAUAUGAUAUAAAUUCCGAAAUAGAUGCUAGAAUAACAUAUUAGAAUAACAUGGAUCUUACAUUCGCUACAUAUGCUUACAUGGAUAUAAAUCAGAGAAAUGACUGAGAAUGACUAGAUAAACACUAGUGACUUGACAGUAAGUGAUUGCAGGGCAAGAGUUUUACGUCACCACAAAAGCACCACAAAAAUGCAAGCCGCUGUAGCGGGUUGACCAACCGGUUUUGCAGGUUGAGCCUCAACCGGUUGCGGCGGGUUGAGAACAUUCAAGCUCCUAUAGUAUACUAUGGUCCCCAAGCCGCUGUAGCGGGUUGACCAACCAGUUAAAAGCUAACCCGCAGUAACGGGUUGAGGCUCAACCCCUGCUAUAAGCUAUACAGUGGGUUGGCUUCUAACCGGUUGGUCAACCCGCUACAGCGGCUUGCUUUUUUGCCAUUUUUAUUCUCACCCUCGCCGUCAUAUUUCGUCUUUUACAUGUCUACCUCACCUUCAUACCCCCUUUUCUUACUCAAAAAUCACCAGAUUUUACAUCUAACAAAAUAUGAAUACUUCCAACCCGAUCCGUGGUCAACAAGAGAGCUCCCUCUGACGCACAAGAUACCCGCCGGAAAAAAAAACUAGUGGAACAAAGGUGCACAAAACAAACUCGAGUUUUAUAACGGACGCGUGCAACAUUCGCGUUUUGAGAUGGAUGUAAAACCGAACAUAUUGAUGAUGAUGCAAUUCCAGUAUUGGUGAUAUGAUCCUGAGGUGAUGAUAAAACAAGAGGGAAAUGGGCUUACGAAACUUCAUCUACGACAAGCAGAUAGCUAUAUUUGUAAACUUAUUAUUGAUCCUCGUACAACAAUACAUGAAUUAAUAGCUAA